AUGCUGAGACGAAAUCAGUUCCAUUGCUCUCUCGUAAACCUCUCCUCCCUCCGCCAUCACCACCACCACCACCUCACCGCCGCCGAUCACACCACCACUCACAAUACCCUAACACCAGUCAAUCCAUCACAUCUCCUCCGCGUCUGCACCAUCCUCUACCAACAACAAGACUCCCCCGAAUCAAGACUCCACACCUCCCUCUCCCGCUGCGACUUCCAACUUACCCAUGAAUUCUUCCUCCAAAUCUGCAACAAAUUCCCAUGUUCCUGGAAACCCGUCUACAGAUUUCACAAUUUCUCCCAGACCCAAAGUUUCAAUCACACUCCCAUCACCCUCAACAAAAUGCUCGACGUUGUCGGAAAAGCCAGAAACAUAGACCUCUUCUGGGAUUUGAUCAAAGAAAUCGGUCAUCGUCGUUUAGUUACAGAUAGAACGUGUACGAUAGCGCUUAAAACGUUGGCUUCGGCCAGGGAGAUGAAGAAAUGUGUCGAGUUUUUUCACAUAUUGAAUGGAGUUGGUUAUGGGUAUAGUUUGGGGACAUUCAAUAAGGUGAUUGAUGCUCUUUGUGGGGAUAAACUUGCUGAAGAAGCUAAAUACAUUGUUUUGAAAAUGAAAGAUUGGGUUAAACCAGAUGGGUUCACCUACAAGUGCUUGAUACGUGGGUUCUGUGAUGUGGGUGAUCUGGUUGAAGCUUCAAAGAUUUGGAAUCUAAUGGCUGAUGAAGGUUUCGAGGUAGAGAUUGAUGGUGUUGAGAAGAUGAUGGAUACCCUAUUCAAGUUGAAUCGUUUCAAUGAAGCAAUGACGCUUUUUCAAUCCAUCAGGCUUAAUCGGAUUGACAAUUUGGGGCUUUCGACUUAUAAGCUUGUGAUCGGUUGGAUGUGUAAAAAGGGCCAGCUUGGUCAAGCACGGGAGGUGUUCGACGAAAUGCUUGAGAGAGGAAUACAACCCGAUUCCAUAACACUGGCUUCCUUAAUUUACUGUUUUUUGAGCAAAGCUCGGGUUCGUGAAGCUUAUAAGAUUGCAGAAGGGAUCGAGAAACCCGAUAUGAGUAUAUAUCAUGGUUUAAUCAAAGGGCUUUUGAGGUUAAAAAGGGCAAAUGAAGCCACAAAUGUGUUUAGGGAGAUGAUAAGGAGAGGGUGUGAGCCUACAAUGCACACCUAUGUAAUGUUGUUGCAGGGGCAUUUAGGGAAAAGAGGAAGAAAAGGAGACGACCCGUUAAUUAAUUUCGACACCAUUUUUGUGGGUGGGUUGGUUAAGGCCGGGAAGUCGUUAGAAGCAACAAAAUAUGUGGAGAGAGUGAUGAAUCGAGGAGUUGAGGUGCCGAGGUUCGACUACAAUAGAUUCUUGCACUAUUAUUCGAACGAAGAAGGUGUCGUUAUGUUUGAGGUGAUGUCAAAGAAAUUGAGAGAAGUUGGUUUGUUUGAUUUGGGAGACAUAUUUGAACGAUAUGGUCAAAAAAUGGCUACUAGAGAUAGAAGGAUAGAUAGGUAG